AUGUUCUCUUCACGCAGCAGUCCGAAAUCCUUCACGAAGUUUCCUAAAUUACCCCUUGAGAUCCAACGCUUGGUGUGGAAAUUUGCUUCUUUUGAACGCCGCCAUGUACCCGUGGCUGUGAAGAGACGUCAUCAUCUAAGCAAACAAGUCACUGGAGAAGAUGAAUCUAAACAGCUUGUCAGAUUCCGAUCCGAUACUCCCAUUCCCACGCUAUUUAGUGUUUGCCAAGAGUCGAGACUAGAAGCCAAGAGAUACUACAAGAAAACCCUCGUAGCCGAGCACAACUUCAGAUUCUUUUCCAUCAGUCUCACACCUCGAUUCUACAUCAAUCCCCACUGCGAUGUCAUUUGUCCCGUUGGUGACUUAUUCGGAGAUGUCACAGUUAUGCUCGUAGCCGCGAUGCACAAAGCCCAGUGUCAGAGCAUCGCACUCGACCAAUCACAAUGGGGUGAGCUAGCCGAUGAUUUCAACGGACCAGUACAUCUCGAUCAAUGGCUAACCAGUAUCGUGCGUCCUCCUCACGCCUUAAAAUUAAUCACUCUCUACGCAGGAGCAAACUAUGGAACCCCAUACAAAGAUGGAUCUCGAGGCUUUCCUCACACCAUCUCAUCGGUAGAUUGGAAUACCAUCCGAAAGACAGAUAAAUGCACACUCGGAGUUGUGAUUUCAGAUCUCCAUAGAUCUAUCACUAGAUAUAGAGACCUAGUUCCAAAAAUGGUACAAGACCGUCGUGAUGUUGAAAAGGGUCUUGCGGAUCCGCCUACACAUCAAUUAUUAGCUAGACUACCCGUUUUUCACCAUCUCUCGACGGAGGUUUUGGAAAAGUGGACGCCUCCCAGGUUGAGGUUGUUGAUGCAUGCGGUUCCGGAGUCGCUUGGUUGGAUUUUGAGAUCGAAGAAUCCGUUUGAGGUUUGGCAUUGUGGGGUUGAGGGGUGUCCGAAUUGUCCGUCGGGGAGGAAUUGA